UCAGGCCACAGUGGGAGGUUAUACGUUACAUGUCAGUCUCUGGUGUGGACUCAAAAUACGUAGUUUGAGUGACACGUUGAACUCGCUACACACAACGUCACAGAUUAUUUAGCAGCGGACACAAAGCAGCCAUUGCAUCGGCAUCGGCAUCGGCAUCGGCAGACAGACGGCAAAGAUGGCGGAUUUUUUCAAGCCCGGAAGAGCAAAGAGACCAUCUUUGACGGAAUCAUUCAUAGGAACCAUCCUUUCUAAACACUAUGGUCUGCGCAUGUUCAGUUGUCAGGAACUAAACAGCUAUGACGAUUUUAACUUCCGGGUCAAGGCAGAGUCGAACGGAACAAAUGAAAACUUGAAGGAAGUCAGUUGCCAUGGUUUUGUCUUCAAAGUGUUGAACUCUCUCGACUCCUUGAAUACUGGCGUCACAGAAGCUCAGCACGAGAUGAUGUCUCGGGUGUAUGAGAGUGGUAUCCUCACCCCCCGGGCCGUUCCUACACUCACCGGACACCUUUACCUGACGGUGAACCUGCUCCUUAGGGGUUGUGAAAAUACAGACAACACUGACACUGACUCCCCCUUCAUAGUGCGGCUGUUUGAGUAUGUCCCGGGGACAAUACUAGAAUCUGUCCCCCUCACCCCGGGGCUGUGCUACAAGGUGGGGGUGAUGGCGGGCAGAGUGAACACUGCGUUAAAGGGGUUCCAGCAUUCUGGUUUCCAUGGUUACCAAAGAAAGUGGCACCUUGACCUUCUGCCGUGGCUAGUGAACUUGUUGCACGUGAUUGAGGACAACGGCGACAGACAGAUGGUCAGUGACGUCAUCAAGACCUUUCAGUCAUGUGUUCUUGAUCAACGGAAUGACUUGUCGCAAGGAAUGAUACACGGUGAUUUGAACGAAGGGAACAUCCUGGUAACUGAAGCUGCGGAUGACGACAGAUGGAGGGAUGAGCACGAUGUGUCCGCCAUCUUGGAUUAUGGUGACAGUGCUUAUCAGCCAUACAUCUUUGAGGUUGCCAUAGCAAUGGCGUACAUGUCAAUCCUUAGCGACAACAUCCCACCACAAACUGCAUCCGGGUUUGUUCUGGCAGGCUAUCUCACCCAGAAUGAUUUGUCCGACAGAGAAAUAAAACUGUUAAAGUUAUGUGUAUGCGCGCGCAUCACUCAGUCACUUGUUAUCGGCGCCUACUCGUUCCAUGUUGAUUCCAGCAACGACUACACGCUUACCACGGCUAAGAAAGGCUGGCCACGACUUCGUCAACUGUGGGAAAUGGACACAGAGCAGUUGGUCAGAGAGUGGCGAAGCAUUGCUAGGACCUGCGAGGAAACACUCGUGACUGACUGAUGAUGGUGGCGAUGAUGAUGAUGAUGAUGAUGAUGAUGAUGAUCAUUUAGACUAAAAGCAUGUAGAGUUACAAGACCCGUGAAGAUCCGGGGUAGAAU